AUGAACACAUUUAACAGUUCGACACAAGUGCUGGACAAACUAAACAGUAUAACCCAGGUCCCAAACACACUAAACAGUUCAACACAAGUGCUGGACAAACUAAACAGUAUAACCCAGGUCCCAAACACACUAAACAGUUCAACACAAGUGCUGGACAAACUAAACAGAAUAACACAGGUCCCAAACACACUUAACAGUUCAACACAUGUGCUGGCCAAACUAAACAGUAUAACACAGGUCCCAAACACACUAAACAAUCCAACACAGGUGCCGGACAAACUCAACAGUAUAACACAGGUCCCAAACACACUAAACAGUUCAACACAGGUGUUUGACAAACUAAACAGUUCAACACAAAUGAUGAACACAUUUAUCAGUUCGACACAAGUGCUGGACAAACUAAACAGUAUAACCCAGGUCCCAAACACACUAAACAGUUCAACACAAGUGCUGGACAAACUAAACAGAAUAACACAGGUCCCAAACACACUUAACAGUUCAACACAGGUGCUGGACAAACUAAACAGUAUAACACAGGUCCAAAACACACUAAACAGUUCAACACAGGUGUUUAACAAACUAAACAGUUCAACACAAAUGAUGGACACAUUUAUCAGUUCGACACAAGUGCUGGACAAACUAAACAGUAUAACAAACUAG